UAUUAGUUGUGAAAAAAACUGAAGUUGUGUUUGAGUUCUUGAAGUCUAAAGACUUUAUUAGUUUAUUGUUGACACACAUCGAGACCUCAGCCAUAAUGGAUCUGAUUCUCAAACUUAUCAUUAGUAUCGAUAAUCUCGAUCUCAGAAAAACCAUUAUUAAAUGGCUCUACGAAAACGAUUUAAUUAAGAAAUUAUUGUUUAUAUUCAAAACCAAUUGUUUGCCUCAAAGGCAUAUAAACGCAGCGCAACUCAUUUGUGACAUAAUUAAGACAACCCGUGAACACCAGUCCCUUCUUCAAGAUAAAGUCGAUUCCGAUUUAUUGCUCGAUUCACUCGAAUCGUAUGACUGAAAUUGUAAGCGAAUUAUUAGAGAAUAUGUUUACAUCGAGAGCAGAGAGCAGUCUUGUGAGUGGGCUUUCGGUAAUCCAAUCACUUGUUGAAUACAAGCGUCACUGCAUGAAUAUCAAUAGACAACAAAUACCGAUCCCUCAAACAAAUGUCCCGCAAAACUCUGAAUUUGAAGGAAUGCCUCAAU